AUGCAGUUUCAACAAUACUUGCUCGUUCUUCCUAUUUCAGCGUUAUCUGUCCUCGCUGCCACAACAUCCACUGAAGAAGUCCUCUCUACUUCCACUGUCAGCUCUGAUGUUCUCAUAACCACUACUGCCACCAACACCAGUGUCUCAACAUCUUUCACUACCUCGAUGGUGUCUAGUGCCUCAUCCCACCUCCUGAACUCAAGUGCCAGCUACUUGUCUGGUUCGAUUGUCACCGGAUCUAAGGUGAAGAACGCUGCUGGUCAGAUGAUUGGCAGUUGCGUUGGUGGGUCUUUGCUUGCCGUUGCUGCCUUGUUAUUAUAG